AGUGCGCCCUGUACUUCCGGUCGGCGGGAAGCCGGGCCGCGCCGGGUCGACAUGGAGAGAAGUGUGUUUGAAGAUAUGUCAUCACCCCGUGAUGCAGAGGUGGCCAAACUUGGAUGGAAGCAAAAUGCUAAGAAAAGAGUUUCUGUUCUUACAUCUCUGGAUGACACGAUUGGAAGCAUGACACCCAGAGGCCAGUUGAUUUCCCAGACUCCUAGUUCAUUUCUUCGCCAGCCAGUUACUGCACUAACUCGAAGUUCCAUGAAACCGUUAGAUAUGUCUGCCAUUCUGGGACCAGGAGGGAAAUCUCCCCUGAUUCUACCAAAUCCUGGACUUUUCAACAAUCUGUCAAUGUUGGAUGAAAGUAACUGGACAAUGGCAAUCUCACCUCACCAGACAGGAAUGUUUGCAAAUAUAGACAUGUCUAAUAUGACAGAAGAUGUCACUAUGAGCGCUGUACUGUUGAGUGAGGAUGAUCCUGGGGAAGCUGCUACUAUGAGCAUGUACGAAGAUUUUCUACAUUCCUUCCUGAAGCAUACAUCAACUACCAUUUUCGAUCUUGUGGAUGAAUAUGAAAGUAUUUGUAAUGCUCAGGUGAACAUAUUAGGGAAAAUAGUUUAUCGAGCAACCCCUGGACAGCAAAAGUUUUCAAAAACUGCGAGUGUCUUGUGGCUUCUCAAGCAGGAGAUGGUAACUUGGAGACUGUUAUCCUCGCUUUACAGAGACAGAAUACAGUCUGCACUGGAAGAUGAAACUGCACUUGACACCACAGUUUUAAAUACUAGUGAAAAGACGAAUAUAGACAACUUCUUUCAGAAAGAUUCACUUGUUCGACAAAGCCAGCUGGUGGUUGAUUGGCUGGAGAGCAUUGCCAAGGAUGACAUAGGAGACUUCUCCGAUAAUAUUGAGUUUUAUGCAAAAUCUGUGUAUUGGGAGAACACAUUACAUAUCCUGAAGCAGCAGCAGUUAAGUACAUACAUUGGAAGUUCUCGAGCUCUGGUAACAGAGCUGGAUCCAGAUGCUCCUAUAAGACAGAAACUGCCACUUGAUGAUUUGGAUCGAGAAGAUGAUGCAAGGUUAUUGAAGUAUCUCUUCACUCUUAUCAGAGCAGGAAUGACAGAUGAGGCACAGCGCUUAUGCAAACGGUGUGGUCAGGCCUGGAGAGCUGCAACUUUGGAAGGAUGGAAAUUGUACCAUGAUCCUAACAUAAAUGGAGGAAAAGAACUGGAACCUGUUCAAGGGAAUCCAUACCGGUGCAUUUGGAAAAUAAGUUGUUGGCGAAUGGCUGAAGAGGAGCAGUUUAAUAGAUACGAGAGAGCGAUCUAUGCAGCACUCAGUGGAAACCUCAAACAGCUUCUUCCAGUUUGUGAUACUUGGGAAGAUACUGUUUGGGCGUAUUUCAGGGUCAUGGUGGACACUCUUGUUGAGCAGGAAAUACGAACUUCAUUAAUUACUGCAGAAGAGGUGGAAGAGCUCCCUAGAGAAUAUUUAGAAACCAGCUGGACUUCAGAAAAAGUUUUUGAAGAACUUCAGGCGACAGACAAAAAGAGGGUUAUAGAGGAGAAUCAAGAACACUAUCAUGUGAUUCAGAAAUUCAUUAUACUGGGAGAUGUGGAUGGUUUGAUGGAAGAAUUCAGCAGAUGGCUUUCCAAAGACAGAAGUGUGCUCCCAGGACACCUUCUUCGUUUCAUGACACAUCUUAUUCUGUUUUUCCGCACUUUGGGUCUGCAGACGAAGGGAGAAGUUUCUGUCGAAGUCCUGAAGACCUACAUCCAGCGGAUAGUAGCUGAGAAGCACACAGAUUUAAUAGCAUAUUAUGUUAGCCACUUGCCGCCAGAGCUAGCUGUUGCUCAGUACGCUUUAUUUCUCGAAGAUGUUACUGAAAGUGAUCAACGCCACCACUGCCUUCAGUUGGCAAAAGAUGCAGGUCUGGAUGUUGCAACCAUAACAAAAACUGUUGUUGAAAACAUCCGCAAGAAGGAUGCAAGUGAAUUCAGUCACCAUGAUCAAAUGCUAGAUACAGGCACAACGGAGGCAGAUCGGCUGAAAAUAGAUGUAAUUGACUGGCUCGUAUUUGAUCCUGCACAGAGGGCAGAAGCACUUAAGCAAAGCAAUGCAAUCAUGAGGAAGUUCUUGGCGUCCAAGAAACAUGAAGCUGCAAAAGAUGUGUUUGUGAAGAUCCCCCAAGACUCUAUAGCAGAAAUAUAUAACCAGUGGGAAGAGCAGGGAAUGGAUGCUCCGCUUCCAGCUGAAGAUGACAAUGCUAUACGGGAAAAUUUAUGCAUUCGGGCAUAUUUGGAAGCCCAUGAUACCUUCAACGAAUGGUUCAAACAUAUGAACACAACUCCACAGAAGCCCUCCUUGUUGCCACACGCAAGUUUCACUGAAAAAGUGGCCCAUGAACAUAAAGAAAAGAAGUAUGAGAUGGACUACAGUAUUUGGAAAGGCCUCCUGGAUGCUCUCACAGCUGAUGUGAAAGAGAAAAUAUACAACGUGUUGCUGUUUGUUGAUGGAGGAUGGAUGGUUGAUGUUAGAGAGGAUGCCAAUAAUGACCCUGAACGAACGCACCAGAUGAUUUUGCUGCGAAAGCUGUGUCUGCCCAUGAUGUGCUUUUUACUGCACACGGUGUUGCAUAGCACGGGGCAGUAUCAGGAGUGCCUGCGACUGGCUGACAUGGUUGCAUCUGAGCGACACAAGCUUUAUACGGUAUUUUCAAAAGAAGAACUCCAAAAGCUCCUCCAGAAGCUGAGGGAAUCUUCUCUGAUGCUUCUGGACCAGGAUCUUGAUCCUUUGGGAUAUGAAAUUCAGUCAUAGCAGUUCAUGUAGAUCCUCACAAGAACGGCUGAACACGGACAUUUUGAUUGUAAAAAAAAAAAAAAGGAACAAACCCGUGACUCACUUGAACUGUGCAGAUCACUGGAGAAAAACCCAACCCCUAGAUUUCAGUUUCGACUUGAGAAAUUUUGACCAACUUCAGUGAGGAUAUUUGUUAUAUGGCCUUUUUCAUGUGUUAUGU